AUGGCUUCCUUUCGCCUGACAAUCGAAGACGGCCAGUUCCGCGAUGGCCAAGGCCGCCAGAUUGUUCUUCGCGGCAUCAACGUCGCUGGAGACACGAAGCUGCCGAGCGAGCCCAACCAGCCGUCUCAUGUCGGCGACGAUUUCUUCGACGGUGACAACGUGACGUUUCACCAGCGGCCGUUUACCAAGCAAGACGCCCCGAUGCACUUUUCGAGGAUCCGGCGGUUUGGCUUCAACACGAUCCGAUAUCUGUUUACAUGGGAGGCCCUUGAGGCUGCUGGGCCGGGCAUCUACGACGAGGAAUACAUUCAGCACACCAUUGAGGUCUUGAGGAUCGCCAAAUCCUAUGGCUUCUACGUCUUCAUGGACCCUCACCAGGACGUCUGGUCCAGGUUCACCGGUGGCUCUGGAGCCCCCAUGUGGACGAUUUACGCCUGUGGACUGAAUCCCCAGAGCUUUGCUGCUACCGAGGCGGCCAUUGUUCACAACACGUAUCCCGAGCCUGAUAGUUUCCCCAAGAUGAUUUGGUCUACCAACUACUACCGACUUGCUGCUGGCACCAUCUUCACCUUUUUCUUCGCCGGCAAGGACUUUGCCCCCAAGUGCAUCAUUAACGGUGUCAACAUCCAGGAUUAUCUGCAGGGCCACUUCAUCAAUGCAUGCGCCCAUCUCGCAAAGCGCAUUCACGAGGCUGGAGACCUCGAAAACGAAGUUGUCAUUGGCUGGGAGAGUAUGAAUGAACCGAAUCGAGGCAUGACCGGCUAUGUUGAUUUGAGCGUCAUUCCCAAAGAACACCCUCUCAAGAAGGGAACAUGCCCAACAAUGUGGCAGACUUUCCUAACGGGCAUGGGCAGGGCGUGUGAGGUCGAUACAUGGGACAUGGGGGGACUGGGGCCGUACAAGACGGGCACCAAGCUUGUAGAUCCACAUGGCGAAUUUGCCUGGCUGCCUGAAGGGUAUGACGACUCGAGGUAUGGAUGGAAGCGCGAUGCGGGAUGGAAACUUGGCGAAUGUGUCUGGGCUCAGCAUGGCGUGUGGGAUAUCGCAACAGAUACCCUCCUGAAGAAGGACUACUUUGCAAAGAACCCCAAUACUGGAAAAACGAUUGACUAUCCGGAAUUCACAAACACCUAUUUCCUGGACUUUUGGAGGAAAUACAGCAAAGCUUGUCGCGCCCACCACAAGGAUUGCAUCAUGUUUAUGCAGUUUCCCACUCUGGAGCUUCCUCCCCAGAUCAAAGGCACGGAGGACGAUGACCCAAAGAUGGCCUUUACUCCUCAUUUCUAUGACGGCAUUACCCUCAUGACAAAGCAUUGGAAUAGUAGUUGGAAUGUUGACGUCGUUGGUGUGCUUCGGGGCAAGUAUUGGCACCCUGCUUUUGCAAUUAGAAUUGGCGAGACCGCCAUUCGGAACUGCUUAAGAGAUCAACUAGCGACCCUUAGACAAGAAGGCAUUGAGCGGACGGGCAACCAUCCUUGCCUGAUGACAGAAUUUGGUAUUCCCUAUGAUAUGGAUGAUAAAAAGGCAUACAAGACGGGAGAUUACUCGAGCCAGUCUGCGGCACUGGAUGCUAAUUAUUUUGCGGCUGAAGGAUCGGGGAUGGAAGGGUAUUGUUUGUGGGUGUACUCCACGACAAACGAUCACGAGAGGGGAGAUCAAUGGAAUGGAGAGGAUUUGUCCAUCGUUUCCGUCGACGACAAGCUCCCCGAGACAUCAUCCAUACUGAGCGAGACUGCCUUUGAUCAAUCAACUACGAGUCUGGUCAAACCUGGCGCCACCGUCGUAACCUCGGAAACCUUGGAGGAUGCUGAAAUAAAUCCGGGAAAUCUUCAACGAACGCUUACGAACCCAUCAAUCAGCUCCGCUCCCUCGGAUAAAGACCCUGAGCUUGCAAAUGCUCCAGGUUAUCGUGCUGCAGAAGCCUUCAUUCGGCCAACACCAUCAGCUGUGGCGGGGAGACUUGUCUCGUCUGGCUUUGAUCUACGUAAAUGCACCUUCAACAUCAAGGUUUCGGCUCCUCAGGCUGCGACGGAUGAUGCCCCUACUAUUAUAUUCCUUCCCGAGUACCACUUUCCCAAGCCAGAGUGUGAAAUCACAGUCUCGGGUGGCAGAUGGGAGAUUAGCCUUGACAACAGCCAGGGCACACUGCUUCAGCUCCUGCGAUGGUGGCACCCCGAAGGAGAGCAUACCCUGACAGCCAAGGGACCAAUACGGAAGUACAAUCUCGCCGAAGGCAGUUCUGACGACCCUAGCUACUUGGAGCAGUGCCAAGCAGGGACUGGCAUGAGCAUGGGAAGCUGCUGCAUUAUGUGAAAGUUGGUGUAAACGCUCAUUGUAGUGACGAAGUUGUAAUGCAUUGAGUUUUGCGGGGAAUAUCAUCAGAGGCCAUUGGGUAGGCCUACUUGAGCGGAGUUAUGGAAUUCUUCCUUUUUUGAGAUGCUAGUUUGACUUAAACCGAGGGUUUGAGCGUCGUGUAUUGAUACGGACAGAAAUCCGUGCGCACCAAUAAUCAUCCAUUCAUUAUACGUAGCGUAGCAGUUUUCUGCCACAUCAUUUGGCCUAAAGACAAGCUGGCCAAUCACAAUGGCAUUGAUUUAUAAUGAG